UGAGUGAGUGGUUCGUUUUUAGGUUAUAUUCCCAUAAAUAAAACAAUUUUCCUUAUUUUCUAAUCAGGUGGUGGUUUAUUAAUACGUAAAACCAUAGGUUAGUUUAGAUGGACGGCAACGAGAAGGAGAAGCCUCCAGACGAGGAUGGUAAUAAUGGUAUGGACUGGGAGAAAAUCACGCGCAAGCGUAACUUGGAUUUAUCACCAACCAAGCUGGAGCCUUCCCCCAAAAAAAUUGUAAUUGACCCGGCAGAGUCCGAACAGCAGUCGGGUAGUACAAAUAGUGCAGUUGAGGAGCCCAGUACUAGUAGGAUGGUCGAGACUAAUGCGAACUGUCAAAAAGAGUCCGUUGAAAUAAACAAAAAUAGCUCAAUUGAACCUAAUCCACAUCUAUACAAACACCCCAGUCUAGACAGCAAAUCACGAGAGUAUGGUGCCAACGAUGAUGGACCGUUCAUAGUGCAUGUCUCUAGAGAGGCCGCCCCUUCCUCCAGUGCCACUCUAAAACCCAUAAAUGUAGGCCUUUUGCUAACUCAGGCAAAUGUCAAUAACAUCCAGAAGAACGAUGGCAUCAAAUCGGUUUUCCCUUCACAUCCUUCAUAAAAAAAUAAAAAAAAUACCGAACAUUCUCCUCACGUGUGAAAGUCAACGCUACGGUAACACCAAGCCAACACUGACAUUGGCAAAUUCACCCUGUGCAAAUUGGCAGGGAGUAAAAGCCAAACCAGAAAAAAAAAAAAAAAAAAAAAAAA